GUAAAAUAUUAUUCUCACAUUUUUGCAACUUUCCAGGUCGCUCUCCUUUCAGUAAAAGUCUCUCUCUCUCUCUCUCUCGUACACAAACACAGAGCGGUCUCUGUUAAUCAAUUUCAACGAAGAGAGAAGAGAACAAUGAGCAAAAUCACAGUUGGCUGGAGGUGGAUAAAAAAUAUAAUUAAAUAGAGAUGGGAGGCUGUUGUUGUUGCUGUGCCUCUAAGAGCACUGAACUUAAUAGGUCACCGCGAUUCUUACAUUAUCCAGUGUCAGAAGAACGUCAACCUUUAUCUUCUCACCAUGCAACGGUGUCUGCUCUUUCUGCUGGGCUUUUGGUUGAUACCAAUCUAGAUACUUCAGUCCCAGACACCUAUCGGCCUCCUCCUGCACCUAUACCUUAUGAAACAUAUGCAGGACGCCCACCUACGCCAUCAGGAAACCGGGAAAGCAUUGGAAAUAAAACCGAAGUGGUUUUGCAAACAACCAGCACCGAGUCUGUUGAAGGCCCAAACUCUGGCAGCACCUUGGAGGCAAAGGUAAAGAACUUGGAUUCUGACGAAACAGCCGAAAUAAAUAUUGAGCUGGCAGCAUCAAAAGAAGCAGCGGAUGAAAAGUCUGGCGAAUUUAAAAGAUCCAUCGAUCCUGUGGUUCCACCACUGCAAGAUGAGGAGGAUGUCUGUCCCACUUGUCUUGAAGAAUAUGAUUCUGAGAACCCAAAAAUCAUCACAAAAUGCGACCACCAUUUUCACCUUGCUUGUAUUCUUGAAUGGAUGGAAAGAAGUGAUACCUGUCCUGUGUGUGAUCAGGAAAUGGUUUUCAGUCCUGCUAUAGGGGAGUAGCUGCUGAAACACUGGAAUUAAAUUCAAUGAGGUUAAGUAAGGAACCUGCUCAGGCGGUAGUGUCCCCAGCUGCAGUCACAGCAUUAGUUAUAGUUUGCUCAUUUUGUCUAUUGAGAUUUCUGUUAUUUAUUUACUUUGAAUUCGUGAAAAAUUUGAAGAUUCAGAAAAGAAAAAGAAAAGGGUCUGAAGAAAAAUUUGAACAUUUUUUGGCAAAUAGUUCAUACUGCAUAGGUUUUUUUUCUUUCUUUUUCCUGUGUAUAAAUCAAGGAAGCAACAAGAUGGAUAUCUGGGUGGGGCAUCGAAGUGGGUGUGCAAUGAAGCAAAAAAAAAUUUCAAACAAAAAGAAAUAGAUUUCCUCUACUUCCAGCAAGCACCAUUACUGCUUCAGUGGUUUAAUUAUCCUCUUCCAAGUUCCAGCCUAGUUUUGUUGCCUUCCCAUUUCACAGUUUUUCCAAGCCCUCCGAUUUGUUUAAUUUGUAUCCCGCCGUUGGUUGAAUUUUAGGUUACAUGUUGUUCCAAAUCAGCAGGAGCUUGUGGUAAAGGUUUUGUUCAGCUUUUGUGUAGUAAUUCGAGUCUCAAGAUUUAUUUUGAGUGCAUAAAUUUGUACAGAAAGUAAAUAAAUUGGGAAUUCCAAUAUGUAAUAGUAUUGGUUGAUAUACCGAUUUCCUGUUGCUUUC